CCCUGAUGAAAUUUGAUUGAUGAGGCAAAUUUUCGCGUCACUUUAUGUCGCAAGCUCAUUUGAGAACAUUUUUAAUGGAAUCUAAAUGUAAUUUUAUCAGAUUACAUAGGUUUGGGGAAAGCACUUAUGUGUUGACGAUCGACAGGUUGACAUGAUUGUCUAUGCCUCUAUGGGUGUCACACUCACGACGUAAUAUCAGAAGGCCACCAGUGGGAUGGAUGAGAAUGGCACUCAAGCCUGGCAAACUGGAUGCAAUCUGCGCUCGCCUCAAGAAAACCAGUGCAGUUGAUGUUGAAGCAACCACACAGAAUGGCGUCAUCAGCAAACAUGGCAAUGAGGCUAAUGUCCAGACAGAAGCCACCAUCAACAACAACAAUGAGGAUACAGUCACAGACCUCAAUGAGAGCCCCUUAUUGGGUCCCAUUGCUGGGCAGGAGACAAAGACUGCAGAAACACUGGAAACAAAACCUGUUCCAGUAUUACCCCUUCCUUUAUUUAAACCUUGCUCCACAAGCUCUGCAGGGAGACGAAAAAGGCGCAAAAAUUCUCAGCCAAGAAGUGUUCUCAAACUUGAGGAAGAUUUUGACAAUGACGUUGAAGAGGCCAGAGAAUCGUUUGCAAAGCGGUUUAAAACUGAGAGCACUGAAUCUUCAUAUGUUUCACCGCCAACAGAGGGGAAAAGCAUUGAAACAAACAGUCUAAAUGAUGCACAACCAAGGUGCAUGGGGCAGGGCAGGCCCAUUCCCCAGAGUGGCAACCAUCAGUAUUUUCUUCAGCAACAAAACGAAUGUGUUGGAGACAUUUUAUGCAUCUCUGAUGAUCAAAAUAAACUAGAAAAGAACUUUCCAUUAGAUUUAUCCACUUGCAAGUCCUCUGUUAACUCCUUCAGUAAAAGCACUAAACAAAAAUUCACAGGGUCUAUUGCCAGCACCUUUUUCCAAGAAGUUGAUUCCACACAUAGCACCACUGUCCUCACUGCAAAAAGCCCUAGCCCUACACCUCAUUCUGGUGAUGGCCACCAUACCCAGGCCAGGGUUCUUGCAGACUAUGCAGAAAACACUAUGAAUGAACUACUGAGCAUCUAUGGUUUUGAGGGUGCUGGCAUAGACAAGAUUGAUAAAGGUAAACCUUUUAAACAGAAACAACUCCAUAGCAUCUCUGCUCAAAAAUCUUUACCAUCAAGAGCAGAGUCCAGUUUGCCAGCAUCUUCUGUGCCAAGGAAAACCCCUUCACCAUCACCAUCAUCAGAAGACAUUUCGAACCCACAAGCACUGCUGAAAGAUGCUGCCAACAGCCUUUCCUCCAAUGAAGAAACACCUACUACAUCUGAUGAUAAACCAAGCAAUAAGCUUAACAAAAAAGAUGGUUUGCUUAAACUCAAACUGCACAGCUUGAAGACAUCUGUAAAACAGGGAGGAACUUUGCAGAAGCACCUCGCAUCAGAUUAUGCAAAAUACAUCAAAAAGUUUCACAAUGGCAAUGAGUGUGAAGGCAGCCAUUGCAAGGACCUUGGAUAUCGUGAUCACUAUCAUUGCCUCGACUGCAAUUUCAAGGUAUUUAUCAAAAAGGAGGAAAUGGUACGACACUAUAAGUGGCAUAAGAAACGUGAUGAAUCGUUGCAGCAUGGUUUUAUGCGUUAUAGCCCUCUGGAUGAUUGCAGCACAAAGUUUGGCUCUUGCACACACAAUCGACGACAAACACAUUAUCAUUGUGUUCAGGCUGGCUGUGACAAGGUCUACAUCAGUACAUCAGAUGUUCAGAUGCAUGCCAACUACCAUCGAAAAGACUCUGCCAUCAUCCAGGAAGGAUUCCAACGUUUUCGAGCCACAGAAGAUUGCGGCACUACAAAAUGCAAUUUCUAUGGACAACGCACAACACAUUUUCAUUGUCGUCGACCAAACUGCAAUUUCACGUUUAAGAACAAAGCAGACAUGGAGAAACACAAAAGCUAUCAUCAAAAAGAUGAAAUUCUGAGUAAGGAUGGCUUCAAGAAGUUCAUGAAGUAUGAACACUGUUCAUAUAAUGGCUGCCGUUUCUCCAAGAUCAGCAACCACAUCCACUGCAUCCGACCAGGUUGCACGUAUGUGCUUCAUUCCACAGCACAGUUGUACUCUCACAAACGCAAGCAUGAGCGCCGAGAGUUUGAGAACAUUUAUCGCACUUUUAAACAAGCUCAGCGUAACCCAGGCCUUCAGAACCAGCCAUGUGGAACACAACUGGUCUCAACAGUGACCAGCCUACCCUUGAAUAUGCAGUUGGCUUCCCAGUCAGUUCUUACCUCCAUCCCCAUCCAGGCCAUUGGAGAAGCUGUGAUAGCACCGGGUUUAGUGUCUAAGCAGGUGGUACAGUCUGUGGCUCUGCCACUGAAAGUUGCUGCAACCUCUACUUCAGUUUUACCACGCCCUGUCUUGAGUUCCCAGUCUGCUGCUGUCCUUUCUACUGCACCUCCACCAGCUGCAUACUCUGCAGCGGCCAUCAGUACACCCAUGAUUGUCAAGACAGAUAAUGAAGUCUCAAAAAGCAAAUAUGAUGCCUGUGGAACAAACACCUUUACGGCUGUCAAUGUCAAGCUGGAACCCAAAUCAGACAGUGAAAGUGAUGUAGAAGAUGGUGUCUCAACCAUUAAAUUUGAAGACUCAUCUCCAGAAAGUCUUUUGGAAAGAUCAGCACUAGACCUAAAGCAAACAAGACUACAAGAUUCAGCGAAUUUAUCUAUCUCUGAAAAGACCAGCAGUAGUGAACUAGACCAGGAGCAGGAAAAAGGAAACCAGAUUAUUGGAAAGGCAUCAUCAGAUUCUAGCUGUGGUGUGGAAGUGAAUGACACUAAGACUCCAAACUUACAGAUGGUAUUGCCUAAAGUGAAAAAAGUUGGUGCUCCAGAAAAACGAGACAGAGAUGAAAGCUGGAAAAAUUAUCUCAUUAGAUACACUGCUAAUGACCCUUGCAACUCCAGAUGUGCACUGUUAUAUAAGGACCACUAUCACUGCAAAAUAGCUGGCUGCCAAGUUCUCUUCAAAUCCAAGGAUGGAGUACGUGAACAUGCCAAGUUCCAUGAUUUGCAGGACAGAGUAACUCCACUGAUGUAUGGCAAAUAUGAUAGUCAGGAGCCUUGCCCAGAAACAUGUCAGUACAAUCUCAAAGAAACACAUUACCACUGCAAAUGGAAUGGCUGUACACAUGCAAUACCAGAGGCAGGACCAACAUUUGGGCGCUUAGAGCAUUAUCGCAUUCAUGAAUAUGCCAAGGCAGCAGCAGGCAAAACCUAUCGAAUGCCAAGUAGCCUUAAUAAUAGCACCGCAGAUGAUAUUCUUGCUCAGCGACGUCGAGGCCGACCUCCAAAGUAUCCCCGUGUGGAUGUCCCAUUGGUUCCAAAGGUUGAACUCUCUGAGACUGAGAUAAAAGAAUCUUCCAUUUCCACUGCUGUCAGUGAAGCAAUAGAUGAAAAGUCCAAAGUGAUCAAUGGGUUCAGGCGAUUUGAAGCCAGUGAGCCUUGCCCAGACGACCAGUGCAUGUACUAUAUGCAAGUCCAUUAUCAUUGUGGGCGCCCCCGCUGUCACACAGCAACUGACAGGAUUGAUGUGCUCAAUUUACAUGCCAAGGACUUUCACAGUUUUGUCAGUAUCCUUGAGAAUUUUGAGUUCUUUGAUCGCAAUGUCAACUGCCGUCGUGUCCACUGCCACAAUAAUGGUGCCAACCGGCAUUAUCAUUGCACACGACCUCGCUGUGAUUACUCCUUUGUUCGGCACAGCACGAUGUCACAGCAUGACAGAAAACACACUUCAGGCUCCUCCUUUUCAGGAUCUAAAACAGUUGUUCCUACACUUUCAACUCCGCGUCUCACGCCCAUCCAGCUGGUUCGCCAUCCAGAUGGCCAAACGUACAUUCCUAUCGUUUCACCCUUGGAUCCUCAAAACAAGAAUGUAGUCAAGGCCUCGGGUACCUUCUAUCCUUUGUCUACUGUGGCAGGACUUCCAGCAACAGCUGUGACUUUGACACCAGCUCCUUUAGCGGUGGCCACCUCAGGAGUCCAGCAGCUAGGAACUUCCAGCCUUACCUUUACAAUUCCAGCCAGUCUGAUGACAGCUACCAUUCCCGUCAUGGCACAGACCCAUUCAACAGCCUCAGCUUCUUCAAGCAUUGUCCCAGUCAUAUCUGCAGGCAGUGUUGUCACACAAGCUGGCAGUGUUGCUUCCAUAACCAACCCACCUCUAACUGUACUUCUGCAGCAAAAGUCUGGAAAGGAAAUAUCUCAGCCUUCAUGGUCCUCCAUGAGAAAUAGCAUGCACUACUCUUUGCAGGCUAGCUGUGGGCGUCCUUUCUGUAAGCUCAAAAAGAAAGAUCACUUCCACUGCUUGGAAUGUAACCAAGCUUUUUCAGAUCCAGCCAGGCUUCGUGGUCAUGUUAGCAAGCAUGGAGUCCGUUUCAAAAAGAUCAUUCAGGAUCCAAGGGCUAUAAGACCCCUACCAGUCGCCAUGGUGAAGACAGCUCAGUUUACUAAUGAGAUGGGUCUAGACCUGUCUACAGGGAAAAGCAAACAAGACCUGCCUGCAGAGCCAUGCACUUCAGCUCUUGUUGAAGAAGAAACUGCAAUUAAAAAGAAGGAAGAAGAAGAGAUUGACCAGAAGGAAGAUUCAGCAAGGCCUGCACAAUUGGACAAGCCUCCUUUAAGCUUGGUUUCAGCAAGAGCUACCUCCAGUCCCAAUGCUACUACCUUUGAUGCCAGCGAAGAAAGACCUUUGGUUAUAGAGGAAGAGCUUGACGAUUGUGAUGAUGAAACCAGCUGGUUAGAUAACGAGAGUCUAGAUGGCAAAGAACAGGAGACUGCAUCAGAAACAUUGUCCUCUGUAGAUACCAGUUUUGAUGGUACUGAUCAGUCAGCCACCACCAGCCCAUGCAGUUCACGACAAUCUGUUCGCCAAAAAAUGUUGACCAAGCAUGAGGAUUACAUGGACAGUGAUGAUUCAGCUUUGGCUAGACAGAUGAAACUAAAACUGAAUGCUCCGAUUCCUUCCACAGCUCCCCGUGUUAACAAGCAAAUCCCAGAUGGUUUUAUUCGCUUCCACUGUAGCAGUGAUUGUGGCCACCAGCGAUGUGCAUACCGCCAGACAGUGACCCAUUAUCACUGCCUGCGGUCUGAAUGUGGCUAUGGCUUCAGUGACAAGUCGCGUAUCAUUCAGCAUCGAGUGAGACAUGAGCGCAUUGACCAGCUGAUGGGCGAGGACUUCCAGCAGUUUCGUGCCACUGUGUCCUGCAGCCAUCCUAAUUGUGUGUUUGCUGAAAAGUCCUCGCACUUCCAUUGCCGCAAGUGUCCUUUCAUGUGUGCUGACUCCAGUAAAGUGCUAGCACACCGGAAGUACCAUGCCAAGCUGGAUAACAUCAGUAACAAUGGCUUCCAAAAGUUCACUGGUUCUGAAGACUGCCACAUUCCUACCUGUACUUAUUACUGUAAGCAGACGCACUACCACUGCACAUACAAAGGGUGCAAUCAUGCUGUUCUAGGGCCAUCUCAGAUGGCACCUCACAAACUGAAACAUGCCUGCAGAGAUGUGUAAACACCCAUGAUCCCAGGCUAAAAGUAUUCAUCAUCAGUGUAUUUAGCAUAAUUUUAUUUCCCACAUAUGAAGGGAUGUUAAUGUGGCACUGAUUUCUUUACUGAAAAUCUAUAGUGUAUAGCUACAAUAUAUAACAUUCUUCACCUAUGCCACAUCGGAAAAUGUGUGUGCUUUUAGAAAUUUGAAGACAGCACAUUUUUUUCUUUUAAUAAACAGGGCUUAUUUGACUUAUCUUUUUGAAAUUGCAUCAUAUAUAUAUUAUCUUUGAUUUGUACAUCAAACUUUUAUAAAUACUUUAAAAUUUGAACAGUUAUUUUCCAUAACAGUAUUGGAUAUCUGUGUAUAUGUGCAAAGAUACACCUACAUUCUGCACAUUUGGAACACGAAAAAGUGUAAUCAGUAGACUUGCACUUUUACUAAUCAUCUUUGUAUGAGAUCUUAAAUAGGCAUGGUUAAAAACCAGAUUGUGGCUUCCAUGCAUUGUUAUGAAUUCCAUGCUUGUUUUUUUUUUUUUUUUUUUUUUUUUAAAGUAAUAGUUGAACUGCUUUCUUUUAUGUUGACUCAUCGGUACUGAUUUUCUGUGUAGUACCUGUUUCUUCAAUUUUCAUAUGAAUUACAGUGGAAGUACCUCUUGUUUGGCACAAAACAGUAUCUUUCUGUCUUCAGAUUCUCAUUUGUGUGAUUUACACUUUUUUUGUUGUUGCUUUCUUUGAUGACUCAGUAAUCAACUUGAGUUACUGUUUCAAGUACUUGUCACCUACAACCAGUUUCACCUCAUUCUGCUAUAUAACUUCAGUUAAUUCACUUGGCUUCCAAAACAUUGUUUGAAUAGAAUUGCAGAUAUAGAAUUAUUUUAAUAUUUUUAAUUGACACGACCAAUCUUUUAUUCUGCUGUUUAUUAUGUGGCUGUCAGCAAGUAAUAUGCUUGUAUAAACUUGAUGGGUCAAAGAUUUUGAACUAUCAAUAAUAAAAAAUGGUGGCAAUUGCAGUUAUUCAUGAUUCUUUUUAAGACAUACAUUUUUGUAGCACCUGUGAAAAGGAUUUUUAGCAACUCAAACACUAUUUUUUCACAAUAAAUGUUUUUGAGUACAUUUUUAUGAAUCUGUGUCAAAGGUAACAUGGCAAUACUUCUAUUUUUAAUCACUUUAAAAUGAACUAAUCACUGCUGAUUUUACAAACUGGUUACAUUUAUAUGCACAGAUACAUUGUUUUCAUGAUGUCACUGCUGGUGUGUGUUUGUUAGUACAUGGACAGAUGUGUUCUAAUUUAAUGUGGCUGCUUUACAGACUGGAUUUUACUGAUUGAGUGAAAAGAACAGUAAUUAUUAUUGUAUUUUGUGAAAGAUUUUUUUUCAAAGCAAUUUGCUUCACAUUUGUUGUGUUAUCCCAGUGCUCAUGGGAUUUUUUAAAGACUUGUAAAUAUUUUAGAAUCAUUCUUAUGAAUGGGUGACUUUUUUAUUCCAACGUACAACUUCCAGCAAACUGUCAGACUUUCAGUAAAAGAGUAAUAAUGUUAUUAUGCUGAUAGGUUGUGACUUAACAGAGCAUUCCAAGAACAUUUGAGUAAACAUUCCAAGCAAGAGAGAUCUAUUUAGUCCAUGAAAAUAUAUAUAAAGCAGCAGUUUAUGGUGUAAGCCCUGGGUAUUUUCUGUCAAAAGUAGAACUUGAUACUUGCACUGUAUUCACAGAACAAAAAACACAGUACAAUGAGAUAUGACACCUUGGUACCGUCUCUACUUUGCAUUCAACAUAACAGCGACAAGUUAUAGACAUGAUUUGUCUGGUAGUUUUCCCAGGAGAAUGCACAGAAAGUUCAUUUGGUUGCACUUUAUGAACUCUUGUCCAAAUAAUUAUCUUAAGAUAAAUAAUAAUAGUGUUGAUUAUUUUUGAAGCAGUUGUUUUAAUAAAAUGUACCUCUAUGGUGUCUGUUUGUAUUUGUCUUUUGCAGAGACGUUUAAAAUUAUAAGAGUUUUUCGAACUGCUGAUGUAUAAACACUUGUUUAGAGAUUCAAUUUUAGUUGUUGUCUCUUGGAGAUGAAGCAAAGAGCAUGGAUGUUCCAUUCAUUUCACAUGAAACUGCUGUUUCUUGAAUAUUAAUAAUGACUGCUGAAUUUCUGAAAAGAAACUGCUGACUGAUAUCUCCAGAUAUUCUUAAUUUGCAUUCCCUCCAGCUGUUUCAAAUGAAACCGUUUUGCAUGCUGACCUUGUUAAAAAGAUAAUAAGUUGUUGAUUUAGCUGCCACUUUUAUUCACAGUUUUUUCAAUACUCUGUGUACUUAAGGUCCUCAUUGCCGCCAGACCUUUCUUUUUAACAAGGGAUAGUAUAUUUUGUCAGACAUAGAUUUACUUCUACCUAUCUGCACCACUUGAACAUUGAUUCUUAUGUAAAUGAGCAGACUGUCAAGUGCUUACUUAACUGAUUAUGCAUUUUUUAAAUAAUAUAGUGAUAUAUUGAGGUUAACGAAAGUAAGGCCUUUAGAGACAUUUUUUUCUUGACCUCCAAAAAAAAAAAGAGUUCUGUUCCAUUGAAUGCAGAAUGAAGAGUCUGGGAGAACAUGUAACAUCAAAAAUAUAAAAUGUAAAAUUUUGUGAAUAAAUUUUUUAAUUAGAUGUGAGUUUGUGUGCUGUUAUUCAUCGGCUUUUAUAAUGCACAAUGGGUCACUCUAUUUUAAACAUGAAGUGUAUAAAUAUAUAUUGUAUUGUGCUUCAUAGGGGAUUAAAAGUAAUAGUUCAUAUACUAUAUACACCAGUAUACUAUGUUAGGAUAAACGUUUAAGUCAUGUAUAUUCUGUGCAUGUGAUCAUAAUUUAUUUGGAGGCUGUAUGUAGGUUUUUUUGUUUUUUUUAAAAGUUGCUUGUUAAAGUAUGAAAGCAAUACACCAACAUUUGUUGUAGGAAAUGUGCCAUUUUCGUAGAGUGUAUUACAAAGGUCUUACAGAUCAUGUGUAUAAUGCAUUUUCAUAUAAAAUAAUUUGCUGUUCUGAAUGUGUUGACUGGUAAUAGAACUUUUGUUUGUAAAAUAUUGGUUUUUCAAAAUGUGAUUGAAGACAGAUGUGUUUGGCUAGCCAGCUUUGCCUCUUAAAAUCUCUACAUCUAAAAUUAUAAUGUUUUGGGCAGCAAGAGGCUGUUGAGAGAGAAGGCUAGCACUGGUAUUAGCAUUCCUAUCCAUCCACCACCCAGCUAGCACUUAUUAUUUGUGUGAUGUAGAGCAGAAAUAUAAUUUUCUGCUAGGUAUAAGCCUAAUCUUUAUCCACCCACUUUCCAUUGCACUCUUGUUAGUGUGUAUUUAAAAUUUGUUGAUAUUUUGUGGACAAAUAUUUGUAAGAUUUUUUUUAAAGAUUUACUAUUUAAUAUUUGCAUGUAGUUUCUCAUACAUUGAUAGGCUCAUAAAAUGGACUAGAAUAAACAAAUGAGAGACUGGGAAAUCAUUUUAUAUUAAUCUUCAAAACUAAUUUUAAAUGGAUUAAGUAGGUCAUUCCUUCACCUUUUGCCACAUGACCAAAACCAGAGAUACUCCUAUGGUCAUGUUAAAUAACAUUUCUGCCUUGUCUAAAGGUAUACUGUUGAGUGUGAUUGAUAUCUCGUUAAAUAUUUUAAAUGAACAACAUAUUAUAUAUUUUGUUUAUGUUCUUGAAUAAAAUGAAAGACUGAAGGACUUGAGAAAUGGGUUUUCCCUUGCUUGAUGGAAACAUUUAUUUUGAGUUGAAGAUUUUUCAAAACUAGAUAAAACAUUAUGUACUAAGUGUUUAGGAGGUAUGUUGUAUUGGCAUUAAGAUCAGGGGCUAUCCUGGGCUAUAGGCAUAUAGGAAAUAUGCUGCAGACGUGAAAAAAUGUUAUUCCAAUUACCAUAAUUAUUUAGGGCAUAUAUUCAUGGUUGAUACAUGACCAAGAAAAAUAUGGUUGUGACAGGAAUAAAAUGUGCAAGUAUCACAGCCAUGACUGGUGAAAGAUGUUCUCUAGUGAAAUGUUUGGGGUUGGGUAGCGAUGAACCAGAGAAGUGUGUAGCAGGUUCAACUUGUAGUAAAUGGGAAAAUCAUUGAAAUAAUGUAGUUGCAGUAAUUAGAUUGUGGUGUUGUGGCACAUGCAGAAAAUGGACAAGUUUGUGACUGCAAUUUUAAAUGUUCAUUGUGUCAACUAGAAGUGUGUAGAUGUCUUUGAAGGUAUGUGGAUACAAUAGUUAAUCUAUGUUUUCAUGACUUGAAUUUACUAUUUAUGUGUUCAGAAAUAUUAAUUAUAAGGUAGAUAUGAAUGAAAUAGAUUGCUUUUACACUUGUUGUAACAUUGAAGAAGUGUUUUUAAGUAUAAUGUAUGGAAGUCUCUGGAAAUUAUGCUAUCUCUUAACGUGAACCGUUUAUAAAUUAAUGCCUAUGUCCUGUUAAUAUGUAUCAAAAUGUGUAAUUGGUGAAGCAAACAGUUUCAGCAGUAUCAAGAUUGGUUUUAUUUAUAUUUGAUUGGAAAGUGCCUCCAUCUCGUGGUGGAAGUUUCAAGAUAGUCUUCUCGGUAAUCAUAACAGGCCAGGCUUGAAAGUUUAAUGAUGAAGGUGGGGAAAUUAAUGCAUGGUCAUGCAUGCAUAGCAAAAUGAACAGUAGAAUGAUUAUUUAUUGACAGACAAGGCAUGGAGAGUAUUGUGCUAGCUGCAAGCCUCUUCCUGUUAUUUUCACUAGACACAUGCUCUAAGUUGAAGCAUUCAAAUUUAUGUAAAAAAAAAAAGGAUUAGCAUCUGGACUUAAUGUAUGUGGAUUUGAAGGGUGAAAGCGAAAAAAUUGAUCAAAUAAUUUUUUUUAUAUGCUACUUUUCUUGGACAUAGUUGAAGAUGUGGCUUUUCCAGUCCUCGCAGUUUUGGCUUGUUCUUUCUCAAAAUUGCUAAAUUAAUUAUAAAAAGUGUUGGUCAUCCGAGGUCUUUGUUGAUGUGCCUUACAAAUUUAAAAAAAAUAACACUAUCAACAUAAAGUGCAAGGAAUAGAGAUUAUUGCUGCAUAUUAAAGCCCAUCUUUUUAAUACAUCUUAAUACUGUCUUUUUACAAUGAUAAGCCUCAUUACUGAGGAUAAAAUUCAAUAAAUUUUCUAAGACUUUCUUGUUGAAGUACAAUUGGAUUUUGCAAGGUUCUCUGUACCACUUGCUUUUUUACCUCCACUUAUACCAGGAGACAACUUUGUUGUAGAGUCAUUACUUUAAACUGCAUGUAUUCUUUCCCCAGUCUUGCCAGUUCAGUCUUGGUCUUGACAAUUUGCUUCUUGUGCAUGUGAACAAGUAUGGGUUUAUUUACUCUAUGCACAUAUUAUGCAUAUAAAUGUCCACAUUCCUGCUGACAAAAUCUUCUAUUUUUACUACCAAUCAUAUACUGAUUUUGUUGACCAGAUGUUGAAUCACUGUCCUUGCCCUAUUUUAUGAAGUAAUUGAAAGCCAAUGCAACAUAGGAGAUUGUUGAAAAAAUGUUUUAAAACGAAGCACUCCGUCCACAGCAAGCUAUUUAACAUAUAUUUUGGUCAUACUGUUACAUUUCCAAACAGCAUCCAUUAAGCCAGAGAAGAAGCUGCUCACAAGAACUGCAUAUUUGAUGUACAAUUUAAACCUAUAAAUUUGUUUUUAGGACGCGUGUUUGCCUGCUUGUUGGUUUACUUUAUCCAGUUUUGAUAAUAUGCAUGUACAUAGUGAGAGCUGUGCAUGCUUGAAAUAUAAAGCCUGACUUUGCAGCAUUUUAUAGAGUUAGUCAUUUCAUAAAUGUGUUUCUGCAGAACAAAAAGGUUCAUAGGCAGAAGCAUUUCUUGCAUACUGUUUUCAGACAGCUGCAAUUGCCUACUUCUACAUUAAAAGUUACAAGGGUUUGUCACAGGCUUUUUUCCCAAAAUCUGUUGUUUUUUUUAAUGAAUAUUUUAUCUGUGCAGGUACAGAUUCAAAUACUAACUGCUAAUUAUACUACUGCUGAAUUGUAACAAGCAUUUCUAUAUAGUGAGCUUUUCCAUCCAUCUUAUACAGUCUUUUUUUGUGCACGGCUGCUUGUAACAAGACCUGUGCUGCUCAUAAUAAUAAUAAUGCAAUUGUUGAAAAGUAUUAACUAAGAUUCCAUUCCAGAGACUGACCAGUUAUUCCUCUUCUUAAGGUGUUUUCUCUUGGUUGAAUAUUUAAAGUAGUUUUGAUACUUGUCAUGAGUGUUGUAUUCACAGUUGCAUUCCUGUUUUGUCCAACAAAAAAUGCCAUAAUGUAUGUAUGUGUGAACACAAGUAAACAGAUUUGACUUCA